CCUAAGAAUUAAAACUUGAACUCAAAAGAGCCCCUCAUCUUUCGCUUAUUUACAUCCAUGUCCAUUGACUCUGAAUCACCAUCUCCUUCUCCAAGCAGAGACUGGUUCUUCCCUUCUCCUUCAUUCAUCCACCCAAACCCAAACCCAAACCCUAGGAGGUGCGUCACCAACCCUAGGAUUUCCAGACCUCCCAAGCCCUCUUCAUUCCAGAGCUUCUCGCAUUCCAGUUCCAAAUAUGCCGGGAUUCGCCGCAGGGUCGAGUUCGCUCGCCGGACGGAGAGCCUCCCGGCUUCGAACGUGGCUCGUCCCCUUUCCGCACAGAAACCGGACGUUCCGGUGAAGAAACCGGACGUUUCAGUGGAUGUUUCGGGGGAGAAGAAAUUCGCCUGGGCUUGCGCCGGCCGUUUCGGUGGUCGGUGGCGGAUGGCGAUUUUGGCAGCGAUUUUGGCAACAGUUUUGGCCUCUUUGCUGCACAAAAACUUCUCCCUACAUAACCAAAUUAAUGUUUUACAGGAUCAGAUUUAUGAGCUCAAUAUGAGAUUACAAACUUGCAAUAUUUUGGAUUAUGUUGAUCUUACAAAUCCUGUGCCCCAGGAGAGUGAUCAUCUGCCUAACAGAAACUUAAAGAAUAUGGCUCUGAUUAUUACUUUCACCCUUUUAUUCAUCCCCUUUCUUAUUUUUAAGUAUGUUGACUACGUCUCAAAAUCAAGAAGAUCUGCAGACAAUAUCUCUGAAGAAGUUUCCCUAAACAAGCAAUUAGCAUAUCAGGUGGAUGCGUUUUUAUCAGUCCAUCCAUAUGCUAAGCCAUUGGCAUUGCUGGUUGCCACUCUACUACUUAUUUGUCUUGGUGGAUUGGCUCUCUUUGGUGUGACAGUUGAUAGCUUAGCUGAUUGCCUAUGGUUAUCUUGGACAUAUAUUGCUGAUUCAGGCAACCAUGCAAAUUCUGAAGGAAUUGGUCCAAGGCUUGUUUCAGUUUCCAUUAGUUUUGGUGGGAUGCUUAUAUUUGCAAUGAUGCUUGGGCUUGUUUCUGAUGCAAUUUCAGAGAAGUUGGACUCACUGAGGAAAGGAAGAAGUGAAGUGGUUGAACAAAACCACACUCUAAUUCUUGGUUGGAGUGAUAAAUUGGGAUCAUUGCUCAAUCAGCUUUCAAUAGCCAAUGAGAGUUUGGAUGGAGGAAUUGUUGUAGUGCUGGCAGAGAGAGACAAAGAGGAGAUGGAACUUGACAUUGCUAAAAUGGAGUUUGAUUUCAGAGGAACAUCUGUUAUAUGCAGAAGUGGAAGCCCUCUGAUUCUAGCUGACCUGAAGAAGGUAUCUGUCUCCAAGGCCCGGGCAAUUAUCGUCCUUGCUGAAGAUGGAAAUGCUGAUCAGAGUGAUGCUCGUGCCUUGAGAACUGUAUUAAGUCUAACAGGAGUGAAAGAAGGGCUGAGAGGACACAUUGUGGUGGAACUAAGUGAUCUUGACAAUGAGGUUCUUGUGAAACUUGUCGGUGGAGAUCUUGUUGAAACUGUUGUUGCUCAUGAUGUAAUUGGUCGCUUGAUGAUUCAAUGUGCUCGGCAGCCAGGUCUUGCACAGAUCUGGGAAGAUAUCCUUGGGUUUGAAAACUGUGAAUUCUACAUCAAAAGAUGGCCAGAGUUGGAUGGCAUGCAAUUUGAGGAUGUAUUGAUCAGUUUUCCUGAUGCUAUUCCUUGUGGAAUCAAGGCUGCAGCCUACGGUGGUAAAAUCAUUCUGAAUCCUGAUGAUUCUUACAUUCUACAAGAAGGCGAUGAAGUUCUUGUUAUUGCAGAGGAUGAUGAUACAUAUGCUCCAGCCACAUUGCCUAUGGUCAAAGAAGCAUCAUUCAUCCACAUUGCCCGACCAGCAAGAAAGCCACAGAAGAUCCUACUUUGUGGAUGGAGGAGGGACAUUGAUGAUAUGAUUGUGGUAUUGGAUGCCUUCCUAGCAAAUGGUUCAGAGCUCUGGAUGUUCAAUGAUGUUCCUGAAAAGGAGAGGGAAAGGAAGCUUAUCGAUGGUGGUCUUGACAUUAACCGGUUGUUAAAUAUUACAUUGGUUAAUCGUGAGGGAAAUGCUGUAAUACGGCGUCACUUGGAAAGUCUUCCUCUGGAAUCUUUUGAUUCAAUUUUAAUUUUGGCUGAUGAAUCGGUGGAGGAUUCAGCAAUUCAAGCAGAUUCCAGAUCUCUUGCCACAUUACUUUUGAUUCGUGAUAUUCAGGCAAAGCGUCUCCCUUACAGAGAAGCCAUGGUAACCCAAGGUCACAGAGGAAGCUUCUCACAAGGCUCUUGGAUAGGGGAGAUGCAGCAGGCUUCAGAUAAAUCUGUUAUAAUCAGUGAAAUUCUGGACCCAAGGACAAAAAACCUCUUAUCCAUGUCAAAGAUCAGUGAUUAUGUUCUAUCAAAUGAGCUUGUUAGCAUGGCAUUGGCCAUGGUUGCAGAGGACCGCCAGAUAAAUGAUGUGUUGGAAGAGCUCUUCGCAGAGGAGGGAAAUGAGAUGCAAAUAAGGCAAGCAAACCUCUAUCUGCGUGAAGGCGAGGAACUAAGUUUCUAUGAGAUAAUCUUACGUGCUCGACAGAGGAGGGAAAUUGUGAUUGGUUAUCGCCAAUCCUCUGCUGAGAGAGCCAUCAUCAAUCCCCCAGCCAAAAACGAGAAACAGAGGUGGUCACUGAAGGAUGUUUUUGUGGUAAUUGCUGAGAAGGAAUGAGUCUUAAUUGUUAAUCACAUUAAACAGGAUUCUUCAGAAAGGGAAAUGAAAUCACAGGAGGAUCAUUGAGCUUCAUUCUUAGGUUACAUAGAUCUGCAUAAGUGCAUGCAAGGCAUGCAAUUGAAGGGAAGAUACAACAUCAUCCAGAUACCUUACUCAAGAAAGCUACCCAAAAAGUUCUAAUAAAACACCCAAAUUACAAAGGUGAUCAACUUUAUCGUCUACCUUAAGUGCAUUUUCAUAAACCAUAUCAAAUGUUUUUUACGUCUUUAGGCUGUCCAGCAUCAAUUCUUCUGUGCUAGUAUUACAGAUGAACUUAAAACCGGAAUCGAUAUCAUGCUUGCCAAUGGGCUAAAGAGAGUCUGUAGGAUUAAAGAUUCAUGCCAUAGGUCUUAUGUGUUUUUUAAUAGAUUGAACUGGCUCUACUGUAUUGCUAAUUAGAAUACAAAUGAGUUAUACCUGUUUCUUCUGUUCUUCCUGAUUUGGUUUUUGUUUCAUUUUAUCAUUCAAACUACCACAAAAUCACCCCCAAGAGAGUUCCUAGGUCCCUUUUUACUAGGAACAAGGCUAGAACACAAGCUGCAUAUCUUUGCUUUAAUCGGGUAUGCAAUAAUGUUAUGUAUGAUAUGAUAACAUUGAGCUCA